AUGUGUGCGCAGGCCUGCGGGGCCGCAGCCCUUCGGCUGCCUCUGCUUCGUGGCCGGCUUCGGAGCACAGCCGCAGGGAUCGGUCUGUUCCGUGGCGGGAUGGUGACUCCACCACCUGUCUGGGUAGCCUGCUCCAAUGCUUGUAGUAGUUCAACAGGAGGACUUAAUUUUGGAACUCUGGGCUCCUCCACAGCUACAGCAACUACAUCAGCUCCUUCAGUGGGCUUUGGGAGUGGACUUUUUGGAUCAAAACCAACUGGCUUUACACUAGGAAGCACGACUACAGGUACAGCAACAACUAUUGCUACAGGACUGACACUAGGCACUCCUGCCACCACAUCAGCAUCUACCACAGGCUUUAGUUUAGGUUUCAACAAGCCUGCAGGAUCAGCCACGCCAUUUGCUUUGCCAGUUACAUCUACCUCAACAGGCAGCCUAUCGUUAUCAUCUGCUCUUACAUCAACUCCUGCAGCAGGAACUACUGGCUUUACAUUGAAUUUGGGUGGCACAACUGCUCCAACUACAACUGCCUCCACAGGCCUUUCCUUAGGAGGAGCCUUAGCAGGCUUAGGAGGUACACUCUUCCAGAAUACAAGCACAGCAGCAGGACUUGGACAGAAUGCUUUGAGUUUGACUCUGGGCACAACUGCAACUCCUUCAACUACUGCCAAUGAAGGUCUUGGUGGCAUUGAUUUCAGUAGUUCUUCAGACAAAAAGAGUGACAAAACAGGAACAAGACCAGAAGAUAGCAAAGCACUCAAAGAUGAAAAUCUACCUCCAGUAAUCUGUCAAGAUGUAGAAAAUCUACAGAAAUUUGUGAAAGAACAAAAACAAGUUCAGGAAGAAAUCAGUAGAAUGUCCUCUAAAGCAAUGCUUAAAGUGCAAGAAGACAUCAAAGCUUUGAAACAACUUCUGUCUGUAGUUGCCAGUGGAUUACAGAGAAACACUCUUAAUAUUGACAAACUGAAAGUGGAAACUGCACAGGAGCUAAAGAAUGCAGAAAUAGCAUUACGAACACAGAAAACUCCUCCUGGUCUCCAGCAUGAAAAUACAGCCCCAGCAGACUACUUCAGAAUCUUGGUUGAGCAGUUUGAAGUACAGCUGCAGCAAUACAGGCAGCAAAUAGAAGAACUGGAAAAUCAUCUUGCUACUCAAGCAAAUAAUUCUCACAUAACUCCACAAGAUUUGUCUAUGGCUAUGCAGAAAAUUUAUCAGACAUUUGUAGCUUUAGCUGCACAACUUCAAUCAAUACAUGAAAAUGUAAAGAUGCUCAAAGACCAGUACCUUGGCUACAGGAAAACCUUUCUGGGAGAUGCCAUGGAUGUGUUUGAGGCCAGGCGGACGGAAGCCAAGAAGUGGCAGAGCGCGCCACGCGUCACCACGGGACCGACCCCCUUCAGCAACAUACCAAAUGCAGCAGCCGUUGCCAUGGCUGCAACUCUUACUCAGCAGCAGCAGCCUGCUACAGGGCCACAGCCAUCUCUGGGAGUUAGUUUUGGAACGCCAUUCGGCUCAGGUAUUGGCACUGGCUUGCAAUCAAGUGGCUUAGGUUCUUCAAGCCUUGGAGGAUUUGGAAGUAGCUCUGCCUUCGGAAGUAGUGCCACAGGAGCAUCAUCAUUUGGGUUUGGAACUACAAGUAAGCCAUCAGGAAGUCUAAGUGCAGGCUUUGGCAGCUCGACUACAUCUGGGUUUAACUUCAGCAAUCCUGGCAUCACAGCAUCUGCUGGCCUGACAUUCGGGGUGUCUAAUCCUGCAUCUGCAGGCUUUGGGACAGGAGGGCAACUUCUUCAGCUGAAGAAACCUCCAGCUGGAAACAAGCGAGGCAAAAGAUAGGACCCCCUAUCUGUAGGGAAGGGGAAGUGAAUCAACUUUGUUCAUCUGAAAAGUCUAUUUUUCUAGAUUGAUCCGUUAAUUAAAUUGCAUCCCAGGAGAUUUAUAAGAAUUUUGCUACUUUUCCCUAGUCUGAAAUAAAAAAAAAAAAAACGAAAUCAUAUUGAACAGCUAUUUUCUUGUGAAUAGAAACCCAUUUAUGUAUUUUUAUUUUUGGCCCUAGUUUUAGAAAUGUUCUAUACUGCAUUACUAGUAAAGAAUCUUGUAAAACCAUCUAUUUAACCUAAUGUUAGUAGCAGAAUUAUUUUUUGUUAAUAAGCUUUAUACCAUAUGAAUAUAUGCAUAUUUGGUUUUUUGUACAGAUAAAAUAUAUUCUAGUACAAAUACUAGAGUUCAUAUCUUCUGUUCCUGGAUAUGGCCUUUAAAUCUACUUCAGGGUGGUUUUGUGUAUAUGGAUGUAAAUAUAUACAGUACAGUGCACACAGCUGUGUGUACGUAUAUGUAUAUAUAUAUGUAUAAAAUACAGAUGUGCAAACCUUGCCCCAUAGACAGGUCUCCUUUUCUUUGUGUCUUCUGUUUCUCCAUGUUGCCCUGUGGUCCCAUAUCCUGAUGUUCCUAGGAGUUUCAAAUGGAGGGUCCUGGGCUAUGUCAUCAUUGCUUCUUGUGUUUUGUUGUUGAAGACCAGCUGAAAUACAUCGUUUACUAUUUCAUAAAGUUUGGUGAGUAGUGGUUAGUAGCUGGAUUUUUUAAACCUUUUUCUUGACACACUUAGCAGCCAGCUCUAAAGAAGAAUCUGAGAUUUUGAUGCAGACAUUUCAUAGGUAAUGUUCCCAAACUGUUU